UGAGGGCUGAGCACAAUAACUAACAGUCCUCCUACCGAGAGGAGGAUGAAGCUGGCGCUCAGGUGUUCAAACCUCCUUCUGUCCCAGCAGCACCUUGCUUCAGAAAAGCAACUUGAGGAGUGAAAAGGUGCACGUGAGCCUCCCAUCUUUUUUCUCUUUUUUUUGGCAGAGAUGAAUCCUUCAAACUUGAGCUUUCCUACCAUACAUCCUAAUCAUGUGGACCACCACGCCACCCCACUCAUUUCAGAGAGCCACCUUCUUCAUAGGACACAUUUCCACAUUCUCCUUCGGGACCAGCCAUACCUCCUGCUGGUGGUGGUUGUGAGCUUCACUCUGGGAGCAUUGUUACGAACCAUUUUGAAAGAAACCAAUCCUGUUCUUGUACUUAUGUUUUUCAAUGGACUUGUCCUCGGAAUAGCAGCCCAUUUCCCACUCAAGCUAGAUUUUGUAAAGACCAUUGCGAAUAUCGACCCCACACUAUUUUUUCAUUUGUUUACACCAGCCAUCAUAUUCACGGCUGCACUCGACAUGGACUUUCACGUAUUUCAAAGAUCGGUUUGGCAAGUGCUAAUUCUUGCAGUUCCUGGAAUGUUGCUGAAUUGUGCUCUUUUUGCAUGGCUAUCUUUUCAAGUCAAUAAGUUUAAUUGGUCCUGGAAUGAAAGCAUGUUGUUUGGAAUAAUUCUGAGCGCAAUAGACCCAGUCCUUUCUGUGUCUUCUGUGAGAGACAUUGGCCUUUCAAAAAUAGUUGUUAACUUAAUUAAAGGAGAGUCUUUGUUUACUCAAGCUCCCACACAAAUUUUUUUUGAACUUUUUACAGACCUUGUGAAGCAGCAGCAUCGUGAAGUGUUUGAAGAAAUUGUUAAGAAGGUGUUCUUAAAAUUCUUUGCAAGUGCAGUAUUUGGAUUUUUGAGUUCAAGGUUAGUCAUUUAUUGGCUGCAAAACGUCUUCAAUGAUGGAAUUGCUGAAGUAAUUAUAAGUUUCUCGAUGGUAUACAUAAUUUUCUUUAUUGCUGAAUGCUUUAGAAUGUCUGGAGUUAUCGCCCUUUGUAUUUUGGGACUUCUUUUAGAUCCUGUAAGCUUCAGCCCAGGAGUGGAUUUAUUUCUUUAUAGGUUCUGGGCAACGCUGAUGUUUCUGUCUCACAUUUUGAUAUACCUUAUCAUGGGCAUUGCGAUCGCUCAAAAAGCACUUCCAUAUGUACAUAAGCGUGCUGUAUUUUAUAUUGUUAUUAUAUUUAUUACACUCAAUCUUGUACGGGCUUUAGUUGUUUUGGCAUUGAGCCCUUUUCUAAGUUAUUUUGGCUAUGGUUUUAACUGGCGCUGGGGAGCUGUUCUUGUCUGGAGCGGAAUGAGGGGUACUUUUACUUUGAACAUGGCUCUUGCUCUUAGCCAAGAAAAAUCGCUAAUUGGACAAGAGUUUACGACCACAGUAUUAAUGUAUUCAGGAACAGCAUCUCUGUUGACCUUGAUAAUUAAUGCUACCACAGUGAAAAAGCUGGCUAUGGCAUUAGAUCUUUGUACUAUUACGCUUCCAAAACGCAUGGCACUAUACAAUGCUGUCCAGCGUAUCAAACAAACUGAGGCCGACACCCUGUCAAUGCUGAAACUAGAUAUAUUUUUGGCAGAUGCUAACUGGACAAUGGCUGAAGAAGCAAUCAAAAUGGAUUAUCCUUUUCAACUGGAUUCAGAAGAAGUUUCCAAUCUGACCAAAACAAUUAGAUGCCAAGAAUGUAAUGCCGAUCUUACAUUUAAGAGAAAUCCUCAAGAAAUUGACGAUUUAAUGGAAGAAGCCAGGUUGCGUGUCUUAACUGCCCAAAUGGCCAGUUAUCGGAAGCAAUACAGCAAAGGAAUGCUCAAUCAAAAUGCUGCCCAGACGUUAAUAGGUGCAGCAGAAAGCUAUAUUGACAUUAAAGGAAAGUUUAUGAAUAUUCAAGAAGUCAAGACAUACUCUGAAACCAAAGGAAUACUGGUAAGAGUUCGAAAAUGGCUCUCAGAUUGGGUAUACAACGUGAAAGGCGAAAAAACUAAACCAUCAAAAAAUGCGUUUCGGAAUAUGUGUCACCAAAUAGUAUUUUUGGAUGAAUUUGAAUGCAUGAGCACUCUUGUAACUUUUUUGAAUUUCUUUCCUAUUAUUCUGAGUUUUAUACAGAGUGCCAACACGUUAUUUCUUCCACAACUAGUCAUGAACAACCAUUAUUUUCUGACUUUGUAUAUAAUAGAAGCAGUACUGAAGGCUUUAGCAAUGGGGAGAGCCUAUAUCCGUUACCACUGGAAUAAGUUUGAACUUCUAAUCAUAAUCGUGGGAGUUAUCGAUGUCAUGAUUAUUCGUCUCUCUAGGCAUUCAUAUCAGGCAUUUCAUAUGAUUGCGUUAUUCCGAGGUAUUCGAAUAUUAAGAAUUCUGCGGGUCUUAAAGCACAUGAUACCCCAAAUGAUAAACUCAAUGAGCAAACAAAUCAGCAAGCAGCUCAUUUUCCAGUAUGAUAUUGCAAAAGGAUAUGCUCAGGGUGAAGAAGAUAUUGCAUGUUUAAUUAGACAGAUCGCUGGCCAUGAGAGAAUUUAUAAGGAAAUAAAUAAAAUACUGAAAACAAACAAACAAGAGGCUAUGAAGACGCUGGGGUUACUGCAACGGGACAGUCCAGAUAUCGUCACUGCCGUGAAAACCAAACAGGCCAUUCAAACAGUGCUCAACACAGCUUCCGAAACCCUUGAUUUGAUGUUAUCAGGAGGAAUUGUUGAUAAUACAGAGGGAGCUGAACUGCAGAAGCUGAUCCUAAUGAAAAAGAAGGAGCUUGUACUCCUUCCCUUUACAAUUCCAUCACCUACUGCAGAGGAACUUUUACAGAACGUCAUUUGGCUACAGAACGAUGAAGACCGCAUAGAAUACAUUCUGAAAAAAGUACAAAUUCAUUGUUAUGACCUUGGAGAUGUCAUAUGUGUAGAACAUGGACAACCAGAGGGCAUCCAUUUAAUUAUAUCAGGAGUGAUACAGCUUCAUGGUUCUGCUCCUCGUUACGGAGUUGACAGAGAAUUCUAUUACCAACUCCAUCCUCCAGGAAUUCCCUAUAUCGACUACUUGUCCACUGGGGCCAUAAUAGGAGAGCUCAACUGUUUAACUGAGCAAGAAAUGGAAUAUACAGGUACUUGUGAAACUGCGGUACAGACAUAUUUUCUCUCUAUAGCAGAUUUGUUUGAAGCUUUUGCCAAGUUUUCGGAAAUCCCAUCCCUAGAACAGAAAAUAUGGAUGAAACUUGCUCUUGAAGGUGCUGUCAGAACCUUCAAAGAAUACCUUCCUGACCAAGACUGGUUAUACAAGAUGUGCAUGCUGUUUUCUAAUAUAUAUGUGAUGGACAUACCAGAGUACACCAGACAUGACCUUUACAGUGGGACUAUCGAAGAUAUCCUCCUUGUACAUGGAACUGUACAGGAUUGUAAGACACAGCAGCGUUAUGCUGCACCACACAUUUUACCUAAAAAUUGCCAUCAAGUACUAGGCACCGCUCCAGCAACUAAAUUGCUAAUUAUACAAACUACAUAGCAGUUGGCAAGGAAGAGCAGUGAAAUACAUGGUGGUGUUGGUUAACAGCAUGCAGGGCAUUGGAAGAGCGUUAAGGCCAGCUUGGAACCAGCUUUGGAAAUGGAUACUGACAGUGUACAAGAACGUCAGGAGUAGGAUACUCCCAUAACCCCAAAUGGAGGAAAAAGAUAUGAGAAACCAACACCAGGACUCAGCCCUCCUGCACAAAGGUCUGGCAUGUUGUAAAAUGAAGCAAGGCACACAUGUUAAUAUGGGGCUUCUGGUGGACCAAUUAAUGCUUUUAUUAGUUA